AUGACCAAUAAAAAGGCCACUAGGCUAAAUGAUGACUGGGUUAGAAAAAGGCUCAUCACAAUAAAAGAAGCCCAUGACAUAGAAGCCAGACUUAAUGAAGUGGAAAAACUUUUGAAAACUAUUAUAAACAUGCCCUGGAAGUAUUCAAGAUCUGAAGUUGUCCUCACGUUCUUUGAGAGAUCUCCUUUGGACCAAGUUCUAAAAAAUGACAAUGUCCACAAAAUUCAGCCAAGCUUUCAAAGUCCAGUUAAAAUAUCAGAAAUCAUGCGAUCAAAUGGAUUUUGUUUAGCCAACACUGAAACAAUAGUAAUUGACCACAGUAUACCUAAUGGAAAAGAGAAGCACCUGGAUGUAGACUCAGCAGAACAUUUGUUCGAAAGUGUUAGUGACUUUACCUCAGAGCUAGAAGACAGUGAUGAUCCAACAGCUUAUGUCACCAAUUUGACAUACUACCAUCUGGUCCCAUUUGAGACUGACAUUCUGGACUGAGGCUGCUGAGUGAUGCAGUCAGCCAGCAUCCAGACAACCUCUUCAUCCAUAGGCUCUGCUAUCUCCGGCGUUGCAUCUCUGUGAAUAAGGCUAACAGCAGAGAAGCUGCAGCAAGUGCACCACAAAGCUGGUUUUGUAGUGUGGUCCUCUGUUGUGUGUUAUGGAGACAUCUUGUAAGGAGGUAACUGCUUUGCUGCUGACAACAAACUCAUUUUCUGUGAAAGCAAGGCAGCAGAGCCCCAUUUCCUUGGGGCUCAAGGAAAUCUCUGCGAUGUCUAUGGGAAUUGUCACUCUGACACAGCCAUUGGAAAUCUGUGCUGUAGUGCACUGUCACCCAUGCUCCUUGGCUUGUAGUGCAAGCUGAGGCUUCCUCUUUUAGGAUACCACCAGAAUCUUCCCCAGAUGGCGUGACCACACUUUUUCAUGCUGUGUAAGCAAGACAAGCAAACCAGCUGAACUUUGUCAGUUCCCUCUGCGGUUGCUUAAUGGAGGUCUUGUGGGCCACUU